CCGAGUUGUUGAACAAUGUAGUAUUAUUAUUAUAUAUUUUUUUAACAAGAAUCACAACGUGAACAUUGUAAUUUUAUGUGCGCAGUAGUUACUGUUUUACCAGUGAAUGAAGUGUGAGCUUCAAAAGGAAAAUAAAGCGUAGUUUUUGUACAAGCUGUAGUUUACAGCUAACGUUAGCUAGCUAGGUCCAUUGGUUGAUUCCACUACCCUUUUUGCCUUCUGGAUGACCCCAGGAUUUUUUAAACUGUUAUGUAGUUAAGCUAUGUAACCAGUCGGCUCAUAUAAAAACGAUGUAAUCAGAAGUUUCUAACAAGCUACUAUUAACUAGCUAUUGAGGCCUACGUGUGGCUGUGACUCAAGUCGAGUCGUUAGCUAACUAGCUAGGCUGGAAACCCGACCUUGAAUUUCUAUGUCGGGCAUAAAAUUAACGUUUUGGAUCAGGAACGUUUCCUCUCAGGACCGUUUACAAGGCAGAAUGUUUAAUAUAAUGAUAUUUUAACUCACUUUAGCAGUUGUAUGUGUGUUUGGUCCUUUUCUCAGGUAGGAAUGUGAAACCUUCCUGAUCCAAAAGCUCAUUUAUUCCUGAUGUUGAAUCCAAUGUAAUUCAUCCUCGGAUCUCCAGGCUAUUAACUAGCUAAGUAACUUGCAUAUAUAUAGUUAGCCCCAGUUUUAUUGUGCAGUUUCAUUUGAUGUCAUGUCUGAUUUUUGUUUUUAACAUGUGCCAUUCACCAGCAAAUAAUUUAGUUUCAAUAAAAGGUCAACAGUCUGUCUUGAUAUGUAAAACCUGUGGUACCAUGCUGUCUCUCCUCGUACUACAGGGAAUGGAAGACCCAGCUGAGCUGACACUGCACAGCAACCCGGCUCCAGUGAGCCCGUCCCAGUCAUUAUGUGGCCAGUGUUAUGGAUGUCCAUGCGGACCUACGCCCCCUACAUAACCUUCCCGGUGGCCUUCGUGGUGGGGGCGGUGGGGUACCACCUGGAGUGGUUCAUUAGGGGGGACACCACCGCUAAACCUGGUGAGGAGAAGAGCAUUGUGGAGCUGAGGGAGGAUAGGAAGCUGGAAGAGGGGGCAGGACGGGACAGCACCCAGGUCCUCAGUCUCAAAGAGAAGCUGGAGUUUACCCCCCGGGCAGCGCUGGACCGCAACCGACCCGAGAAGAGCUAACUGUGCCUGGGGUUAAGCUGACUGGUGUCCACCACCCCCCCCCCCCCCUAGUCCUGGAUCAAGGGGUGAAGGGAGUGGAAUGAUGGAUAUAAACCCUGGUUUCCGGAUGCUAUGUAUUGGCCAAUGAGAGCCUUUGAAGCCACUGGUCGGCCAUAUUGUCACUCCCCAGAAGAAGCAGUCCACCAUAGGAAUGAAUGGAAUUCUACAGUAUUUCAAUGACCUUUUUCAAGGAGAAACGUGAAAACAUUUAAUUAUUUUGUUGUUGUGGUGGGGACAGUAACUUUACAACUUAAAAAAAUAUAUAUAUACUUUAAGAAAAGUGUUUAUUUUUUUAUUUUGUUUAGUUCACAUAAUUUAAGAGUAUGCAUUAAGGUGUCUGUAAUAGAAUACAUGUGUCAAAAACAAAUGUAGACAAUAAAGGCGUUUCUAUAGCAACCAAAAUAUUUUUUUACAAUGGUGGAGGAACAGCGCCCCCUGUCAGUCAUCUAGUGUGUGUGUGUGUGUAUAUAAAUCAUUGUCCAACCGUUGUCACUUGUACGCCCAAAGCACUGGUAUCAUACUGUACUUGGACAUCAUUGGCUUGGGCACCUGUGGUGGCACUGUUCUGUUUGAGACUGGAGGAUCAUGGGAAAUGGAGUCUUUUGUUUUAGGGUGCUGAAUAUCCAUGCACAUCAUUAAUGAUUUGUGAUUGUCUCGCUCUCUCUCAUAUAUAUAUAUAUACACACAAAUGUACUGGUUAUUCAGUUUUCAUAGUUGUGAUCAGGUUCACCACAUAAACCAUUGGAGAAUGUUGGUCUGUAUUUUCCAAGCUUAGUAUAUAAGUCCCUGGGCACUCGAUCUGAUGACUACCACUGGGGUAACUCCUGAUAAGGCAUUGAUCAUCUUCUGCUCCUCAGAUGCUCACAAGACAGAUGACAGAACAAAGGGCCCUUAUUGUGUGUGUGUGUGAGAGACUUUCAAUGUGUUUUCAUAUUUUAAAAUGUCAUGAAAGACAAGACGGUGUCAACAACAUAAUAACUGUAUUCAGUUUGAAUGAACGAGUGCCGCGGUAGAAUAACACAGAAGCACGGAAACAAGCUACUCUUUUUAUCCCUCCUCCGUUCUCCAGAAAUUAAAAUGGGUUCCAGUCAGCAAGCAUUGACGGAAGGGAGGAGUGUUUGCUCUCAUCUGGUCUUUUUACCUCUUUGCUUUGAUGCCUUCUCGUUUCCGUUACUUGGAUUCAAUACCAAGAAAGACUAAAUCUGAGUGCUCUAUUAGAGAACUCAAAACUGGUCUUUUUCUGUCUUUCAUUUACCUGGUAUGCUUUCAUUUAGAAAGUCUGCGAAGGUACACUGGUUCAUGUGUUUCAUGGAUUAAAAUAUAUUUUAGGAUUUGGAUGGAAGAUAUAAAAUGUGACAGUCUGUCGCCGCGUACGAUCCGGUCAUUGCAUGUUCUAAGUUACUGCUGUAACAUGAUUGUAUGUUAUAAAAUAUAAUAAAGAUGUAAUGUCUCUCACAA